ACUCCUGAGUUCCUGACAUGGUAAGCACAUUUCACUUUCAGACAGCAAAAACCAAAGAUGAACGGGGAGAAUUACUUCCGUAAAUACCUGAAGCUCUGGCCUUGUUAUUAUUAUAGAGCACAGGAACCUGGAAUCCCAUUCACAUCAAAACUAUUAUCCCUAAACUUUCAAACACUCUCCUUCUCCCGAGUGAUCUUAGCAACCCAAGAAUUUCAGCUUAUCCAAACCACUUCAAUGGGGCUUGAUCAUGAACCUCACUUCUUUCAUUUCAUACUGAACCAAUAAACCAAUCAUUUCCUAUAUGGAGUUCAAAGAGGGUCUGUUGAGAUUAGUUGUCCAGAAAUCCAAAGAAACCAAUACCAUUUACGUCGCCGGAGAUAGAUUAAAUGAGAUUACAACCACUGCCCGGAGUCCAAGCCGGAGAUGGAAGCUCUUCCACAGAUCCUCAUCAGCAAUCCCAUCAAAACCUAUUUCAAAGCCACAAAUCCCAACAGAGUUCAUUUGCCCCAUUUCCGGGUCGCUAAUGUCCGACCCGGUUAUAGUCUCCUCGGGUCACACCUUCGAACGCGUCUGCGUCCAACUCUGCAAAGCCCUCGACUUCACUCCUCAUCUCGUGGACUCUCCCCCACCUGAUUUCACCUCCAUCAUCCCAAACCUCGCCUUGAAAUCCACCAUCAUCAACUGGUGUCGAAAUUACUCUAUUGCCCCUCCGACGCCGCCCGAUCCCGUCUCCGCCGAGAAGCUAGUCCGCGCAUCCUGCGAUCGCCGGAAAGUGUCAGUUUCCGAUAACGAGUCGCUGAUCCGAGGCGUGGAGGAGACGCCGAAGGUGAACUUCAACCACGCCGCGACGGAGGUGACUCGCCGGAAAACUCACUUCCACUCCAGCUCCGACGAGUCUGUCAGCGCUGCCGCGUUGACCCCGCCGCUUCCGUUCUCGACUCAGCCGAGCUGCUACUCGUCGCGGUCGUCUUCCUCUUCGGAAAUCGAAACCCUAACGAAUCCGAACGAGGAAGAAGACGGAAUCUUGGCCGGACUGAGAAGCACGCACGUGUCGGAGAUCGAGGCGGCGCUGACGUCACUGAGGAGGAUCACACGGACGAGAGAAGACGCGCGGGCCCACCUCUGCAGCCCACGGCUCCUCUCCGCCUUGAAAACCAUCGUUGUUUCCAGGUACAUUAAUAUUCAGGUGAACUCAGUAGCGGCGCUGGUCAACCUUUCUCUCGAAAAGUCAAACAAGAUCAAGAUCGUACGCUCAGGAAUUCUCCCGCCUUUAAUUGAUGUGCUGAAGGGGGGAUCGGCUGAGGCGCAGGAGCACGCUUCCGGGGUGGUCUUCAGCUUGGCGCUGGAUGACGACUGCAAGACGGCUAUAGGUGUACUAGGGGCUCUCCCGCCUUUGCUUAACUUGCUCAACUCGGAGAGCGAGCGGACUCGGCACGACUCGGCGCUUGGUUUGUAUCAUUUGACAUUGGUGCAGAGCAACCGGUCCAAGUUGGUUAAGCUCGGGGCGGUUCCGGUUCUUUUGAGGAUGGUGAAGUCGGGUCAUAUGGUGGGUCGGGUUUUGCUCAUAUUGGGGAAUUUGAGUUGGUGUGGGGAUGGGCGGGCGGCGAUGUUGGAUUCGGGUGGGGUGGAGUGUUUGGUAGGGGUGUUGAGGGGGAAUGAGAUGGAUUCCCGGUCGAGUCAGGAAAGUUGUGUGGCUGCAUUGUAUGGGUUGAGUCAUGGGGGUUUGAGGUUUAAGGGGUUGGCGAAGGCGGCUGGGGCGGUGGAGGUGUUGAGGGAGGUGGAGAAGAGUGGGAGUGAGAGGGGGAGGGAGAAGGCGAGGAGGAUGUUGGAGAUGAUGAGAGGGAGGGAGAAGGAGGAAGAGGAGGAGGUGGAUUGGGAGGAGUUGCUUGAUUCCGGGUUGGGAAGUCGAACUAGGUUUCAGCUCGGUUGUGGUGGAUUGAGUGGAUCUUGUGUCAACUCGUCGGAGUUUUGA